ACAUGGGUAAGGAGCGGUUGGGUGAUGCCAAUGGAGCAGACAAUGCCGAGACCUACAGUGACAAAGACACAGACCAAAGGAGUUCCCCAGACAUGACUAAAGCCAAAAGUUGCUUCACCCCUGAAAGCCCUGAAAUCGUUUCAGUGGAUGAGGUUGGUUAUGCAGUUCAGAAAAAUGGUGGGAGCACAGAGAGCCAUCCAGACAGUCCCAAGUACCACCCAGAGCAGAACCACCUCCUGAUAGAAGGUCCUUCUGGGACAGUUUCUUUACCUUUCAGUUUGAAAGCCAACAGACCUCCGCUUGAAGUCUUGAAAAAGAUUUUCCCUAACCAAAAGCCAACUGUGCUGGAGCUGAUCCUGAAGGGGUGUGGCGGUGAUCUGGUGAGCGCUGUAGAGGUUCUCCUGUCCAGUCGGUCUUCGGCGGCCAGUGGGGAGAGAACUUCUGCAGAAUCUGAUGGUCUUGUUUUGCCCUCCAACGGACACAUUUUUGAACACACGCUGAGUUCGUACCCUAUCUCCUCUUCCAAGUGGUCUGUGGGCUCAGCAUUUAGGGUUCCCGACACACUGAGGUUCUCUGCUGAUUCCAGUAACGUAGUGCCAAAUCCUCUGGCUGUACCUUUGCAGCACCCUUUCCCUCAGCCACCACGCUACCCACUGAUGCUGAGGAGCACUUUGGCAAGAAACCAGUCCAGCCCAUUCCUGCCCAACGACGUCACCCUGUGGAACACCAUGACACUGCAGCAGCAGUACCAGCUGCGGUCCCAGUAUGUCAGUCCUUUCUCUAGCAACUCAGCCAGCGUUUUCCGAAACUCGCCUAUCCUUCCUUCCCGCUCAUCAGAAGAUCCUAGGAUCUCGAUCCCUGAUGAUGGGUGUCCUGUUGUGUCCAAGCAACCGAUUUACACAGAAGAUGAGUAUGAUGAAAGGUCUGAUUCUUCAGACUCAAGAAUACUCAACACAUCUUCUUAGACUGACAUUCAACACAUGGUAGCUAAGUGAUGCUUGCAGUGCAGAUGAACUACUGGGCCCUAGGAGAAGGGACACCUACUCUAUGAAACCCUUGCAAUUGUAUUAAAAAGUGACUUUGCUUGGUAUUGUACUGUAGCAAUAAAGACAUAACUUAUUUAAUUUCUUGCACUUCACUGGAUAAUGCCAAAUAGCAACAC